GGGAGGUCCGAUCAAAUAAAAAAAGUGCCACUUUGACCACAAAAACCACACAACCAACCAAUCCAACUGUCCUUCCAUCCCACCUCCAUCAAUCGAAGACAACUUGAAGAAAAAAGUAUAAGAUGUCCAAAGAAACAGUCACAAACAAUUCGCCCACAAAUGAUCUCUUGCUUCGCGCUGCAAGAGGAGAGAAGACAGAGCGAUCGCCGGUUUGGGUGAUGAGACAAGCUGGUCGAUAUCUUCCCGAAUUUCGUAAGCUACGAGAAUCGCAUGGAUUUUUUGAAAUAUGUCGGACGCCAGAGCUAGCGACAGAAGUGACGAUGCAGCCGAUCAAAAGAUACGAAGGAUUGCUGGACGGGGCGAUAAUCUUUUCGGAUAUCCUAGUUAUACCGCAAGCUCUGGAGAUGGAAGUGAUCAUGAAUCCGGGACCAAUCUUCCCGAACCCGAUCAGCUCGAAGGAACAGAUGGAAGAGAUGAUCAACAAGAAGAUCAGUCCAGAAGAGCUCAAGGAGAAACUGAAUUAUGUAUACGAGGCGAUCAAAUUGACGACCUUAGAGCUGCAGAACCGGAUCCCUUUGUUCGGCUUCGUCGGAGCACCGUGGACGUUGUUUGCAUAUAUGACCAGUGGAGGAGGGGGAUCGGGUCUGAAUGCUAGCAAGGCCACCAGUUUCGAUACCGCCAAGAACUGGAUCCAAGUCCAUCCGGAGCUAUCCGCCCGAUUGCUCGAGAAACUAGCCCUCGUCUGCGCGCUUCAUCUGGUCAACCAAAUCGAAGCCGGCUGUCAGAUCGUCCAAGUCUUCGACUCGUGGGCUGGCGAACUGAGUGAUUAUGAUUUCGAGCAUUUCAGUCUACCGUAUCUAAGGAGGGUGUCUACUCUGGUCAAGGAAGGACUAAGUCAAGCCAACAUCCACCCCGUCCCAAUGGUCGUCUUUGCAAAGGGAGCCAAUCUUCCCCACCAACUCCAGCAAUUAGCCUCCUCGGGCUAUUCGACCGUCUCGCUGGAUUGGAAAGUCCGGCCCGCGUAUGCGAUCGAAGCCUUAGGAUCCCUCUCAAAUUCCAUCGCCUUGCAGGGCAACUUGGAUCCUGCUGUCCUUCACACUGACCAUCAGACGAUCAAGAAAUACGUUCGACUAAUGUUCGCUAAUCAGGAGGCCGGUGGCUUCCUUCCUCAUCUACCUCAUAUCACUAAUCUGGGGCAUGGCAUCACUCCCGGCGUCGAUCCAGAAGCUAUGAGAACAUUCCUCGAAGCCGUGCAUGAAGAAAGUACAAAGAUUAGGCAGUCUUAACAAAACCUUCCCAGCUAAUAAACCACCAUCAGGUCAAUUUCCUAGAAUCCUCUCGUUGAUACAUAUACCUUUCGUUGUAUACCCCGCCAAAAAAAAAAUGAUUGUCGUAAAUGUAAUGUAUCAAGCAUACAUCAAAAAAAAAAAAAAAAACUUUCUGUCCUAUCUGGGCUCAAUUCAAAUCGGUCAAGGACAAUAAGAAUUGUAGAGAAACUGUCUAUCUAAUAGAGUCUGUAUCUAGUAAGAGUGCAGCAAUCGGAUUGAGUGCAUAUAAACCCUAAAUAAUCAGAGCAAUUAGGUUUUCUCUUGCA